CAAAAUCUCCGUUGUUUUACCAAUAUUGAACUUUAUUGCUUUGUAAUAAGGUCGAAAUGUAUGAAAUCUCGAACAUAGACAUUUCAUCACCAUUCACCGAGGCAAACAGUUUACACGUCUUUACAGUGUGAAAUAACCGACAAACUAUAUCACUGAUAUGACGCGAUAUCUGAUAAUAAGUGAUAAGAAACAGUCGCGAUAUAAACAUUGAACAGAACAUAAGGGAAAAAAGUCAUGAUUUUUUUAUAAAAAACAAAAAAGUUACAAAAAGGUGUUAAAAAUGUUAUGGAUAGUUAUUCUAGCCUUUAUGGCGUAUAGCAAUAAGGUUGAGAGUGUCAACGUGUGUGAUUCUAGCUCCUGUGUGUGUAACGUCAAAACAGAUAUGGAUUUCAGUGAAACGGUGGUGUGUUCUUAUGAUAAUAGAGUUCUGGAUAAAGACUAUACUCUUCCUAUAAGUGUUUACUCGCUAGAUCUAUCAAGAAAUAACUUAACAAAAGUUGUACCAACUGAGUUGUUAAAAUCUAACUCACUAACAGAGUUGAUACUCAGUAAAAACAGAAUAAACAUUAUGCAGGGUAAUUCUUUCCAACUACCUGAACUUAGAAGGCUAGAUUUAAGUGACAAUAAUCUAUUAACACUUGAUGUGUUUAAAAAUAUUAACAAAUUGGAGUAUUUAAAUAUAGCAAAUAAUAAAUUCACAACAUUUGAAAAUAUUAAGUUCCACAAUUUAGCACAACUGAAGGAAAUAGUACUGGAUAGCAACAAUCUGGGUCCAAGUCUGGAAAACAAUAAUUUAUUUGACAGAAAUGAAUAUGGGUUAACAAAUGAAAUAGCUUCUUUAUCUAUAAGUGGAAUAAACUUGAACAAAGUACAUGAAAACUUUUUCGUCGACGCAUACAAUUUGAGGAAGCUAGUUAUUUCAAAUAACAAUAUUAAAGAUGUAUUCGAACUACCAUUUACGUUGGAGUAUUUGGAUCUAUCCGACAAUCCUAUUGAAGAGUUAUCGAGCGAGGAUUUCAACGAUUUAGUCGCACUGAAAGUGUUGAAAUUAAACAAUCUAUGGAUCAAAGAAAUUAAGGAAUACACCUUUGCAAAUCUGCCAGCUCUAACUAGUUUAGAGUUGGAACGAAAUUUUAAUCUAACUGGAUUCAGUGAGAUGGCUUUUGGACAGAGAGUUUUAGACGAUGCUGACGAUUUUGCCUUAGAAAGGUUGUCCUUGAAAAGUUCAAGACUGCAUACGUUGGAUGAGAAGCUACUAGUGCCGUUUGGGCAGUUGUUACAUUUGGACCUGCAGGGGAAUUUUUGGAGAUGCGACUGUCACUUGGUUUGGAUCAAACAGCUGCAAAUACCUGCUCGAGACUAUGCGCAUGCGAGAUGCUUCACACCGAAAACAUUUUUCAACGGUCGGAUAUUCGAUAUAGACGCCAAAUACUUCGUGUGCGGGAUCAAGAACAAGCACAUUGGCUUCACUAUAGCUGCCGUCACCUGCCUACUAUCACUUACAGCUAUAGCGUUCUGUAUAUUCACUGUACCUAAGUAUACUACAAGACUAAAUUACUACGGGAACAUACAGCUGCCUACAGCAGAGUAUACUGUUCUGCCCGCGAUGGUCAGUAUUAGAGACGAUGAUUAAGUUGUUUUUGUAAGUGAAGCCAUAUUGCUCCUUUGCGUUGCGAACUUGGAAGUCUUAUAAUAUCAUCUUACUAAAAAUUGUUACACAAUGGAUACGUUAAACAAUGUUUUUUCCUUCUCUAUUAAUCAUCUUUUCUAAUGUAACAGACAAGGACCUAAAACAUUAUACAGAUUAGUAACUACUUAAAUAAUAUUUUAAUAAGAGAGAUAGGCAUAUUUUAUGUCAUUAUGAGCGAUCCUCCUACGCAUUAAUGUAAAUGCGUAGGAGGAUCGCUUUUCGCUCUCACCAUCUUGUACUGUAUUAAAUUGCGUUGCCGAAAGGCAGCUACGUGGCAUACAAUGCGUUAUUCCAACGACGCAACGCACUGGAGCAGUGUGGCCUCAUUCUUAUUCUCUAUCUGUGAUUUUUGUUGUUAUUGUAUUUAAGAAUUUAUUUACAAAAUAAAGUUUUUCUUAUA